UUCUUCAUUUCCUUGGUCAGAAGUCCAUGAGUCAAUGUGUGAGAAGAUGUAUAAGUAGGCUUAAGGAUCCAUUCUUGAACUAAAAUUUUCAUUUAGGUUUGUUAGAUAGAUUGUGUGUGCAUGGUGAUGGAAAAGAAGGGCUUGAUGUUUAGUUGUAAGCUUGUUGUGAAAUGUGUGAUUUUUGUGGUUUUGUUGAUGAACGAUACUCUGUUUCCGAGUAGUGCCUUUGCUUCGUCGGAGUACAGGGAGGCGCUUGCCGAGAGCCUUCUGUACUUUGAAGCGCAGCGCUCCGGCCGCCUCCCGUACCACCAGCGCGUUCAGUGGCGCGGCCACUCCGGCCUCACCGACGGGCUCGAGCAAGGAGUGGAUUUGGUGGGAGGAUACUACGACGCCGGCGACAACGUCAAGUUCGGCCUGCCGAUGGCGUUCACGGUGACGAUGCUGUCGUGGGGGGUGGCGGAGUACGGCGGGGACAUGGCGGCGGCCGGCGAGCUGCGGCACGCGAUGGAGGCCAUCAAGUGGGGCACCGACUAUUUCGUGAAGGCCCACACGCAGCCCCACGUGCUGUGGGCUCAGGUGGGGGACGGCGACACCGACCACGGCUGCUGGCAGCGGCCGGAGGACAUGACGACGUCGAGGAAGGCGUACAAGGUGGACGCGGAGCACCCGGGGUCUGAGGUCGCCGCGGAGACGGCCGCGGCGAUGGCCGCGGCCUCGCUGGUCUUCAAACAAACCGACCCUCACUACUCCCACGUCCUCCUGCACCACGCUCAACAGUUAUUCGAGUUCGCGGACAAGUACAGGGGGAGGUACGACGAGAGCGUGGAGUCGGCGGCGGAGUACUACCCGUCGGAGAGCGGGUACGGGGACGAGCUGCUGUGGGCGGCGCUGUGGCUGCACCGGGCGACGGGGAAAGCGGAGUACUUGGACUACGCCGUCGACAACGCGCACGCCCUUAACGGCGCUGCGUGGGCCGUGGCCGAGUUCAGCUGGGACAUCAAGCACGCCGGCGUUCAGAUUCUUGCUUCCAAGAUAUUGAUGGAGAAAGGAAGGCAAUUGGAAGAGGAGCAGGUGAAGACGUUAGAGGAGUACAGGUCCAAAGCGGAGCACUACUUGUGUGCCUGCUUGAGCAUGAACCUUGACGACGCCGACAACGUCCGCCGCACCCCCGCCGGGCUCCUCUUCGUCCGCCCCUGGAACAACAUGCAGUACGUCGCCGGCGCCGCGUGGCUGCUCACCGUGUUCGCCGACUACCUCUCGUCAGCGGGAGGAUCAGGUCUCCGCUGCGCCCGGGGCCCGGCGGGGCCCCCGGAGCUGGCGGCCCUCGCGCGGGCGCAGGCGGACUACGCCCUCGGCGCGAACCCGGCGGGGAUGAGCUACCUGGUGGGGCACGGGCGGAGUUUCCCGGCGAUGGUGCACCACCGGGCGGCGUCGAGCGCGUCGCAGCGGGAGGCGAAGGCCUUCGUCGGGUGCGCGCAGGGGUAUGACGAGUGGUACGCACGCCGCGGUGCCAACCCACACAUUCUCGUCGGGGCGGUGGUGGGCGGCCCCGACGAGAGGGACGCGUUCGCCGACGGGAGGGAAAACUACAUGCAGACGGAGGCGUGCACUUACAACACAGCGCCGUUGGUCGGAGUCUUCGCCAGGCUGAGUCGCCUCGAAGGAGAUCAAAGGGACAAGACAUGAAUGCAACAGAAUAGUUUCGAUUGUUGCUGUUCAUUUUUGGGAUUCUCGUGGAAACUGGAAAUGUAAAUUAUUGUUUAUUUUCUUUUUUCUU